UACAACGUGAUCCAUAUGAAAAUGAUAGGGAUCGAUAUGGUUUCAAAAGAUCUUAUCAAUGGAUAAGUAAUAAAGAAUACGUUGAUUUUGAAGCUUCUUAUUCACAUAUUUUACAACGAAGAAAGCUUAAAUGGGAAAUUUUAUUAAAUGAACAUGGAGGAAUGAUACCCAAUAAAUGCUCCAAAAUGAAGAGAUAUGUUCGUAAAGGAAUUCCACCAUCACUUCGAGGAAGGGUAUGGUUUCAUUAUAGUGGUGCUGAAUCUAAAAUGAAGAAUAAUUUAGAUCUUUACCAACAACUUGUACUAAAAACUCAAGAUCCACGGCUGGAAAACGAAUAUUUUGAAGUAAUCGAACGAGACCUUCAUCGUACUUUUCCUGAAAAUAUAAAAUUUAAAUCUACCAUCGUAUCUGAUGAUAAUAAUUCAACUAUUCUUUCAACAGACAAUGUUCCAAUUAUUCAAUCCCUUCGUCGUGUACUUACAGCUUUUUCAUUAUAUUCUCCUAAUAUCGGUUAUUGUCAAUCACUUAACUAUAUAGUCGGAAUUCUUUUGUUAUUUAUGGAAGAAGAAAAGGCUUUUUGGAUGUUAGUAACUAUUAUUCAUGAUUAUUUGCCUGAGAAUAUGUAUGAUGUUACUAUGGAAGGUUCAAACGUUGAUCAGGCAGUUCUCAUGAUGUUUAUUAUGAAAAAAAUGCCUAACAUUUGGAAUAAGAUGAAUGUAGGUGGUGGUUGGGAUCCUGAAAAGCCUGAAAAGUUGGAUAGUAAUAUGCCAACAAUUACUCUAGUUACUAGUCAUUGGUUCUUAACUCUUUAUAUUAAUAUUUUACCGAUUGAGUUUGGGAUUGCUUCUUCUAGUAACAAAAUACUUUUCCGUAUUGCAUUAGCAAUAUUCAAAUUAAAUGAAGAAAAGAUCUUGGCUGUAGAUGACCCUAUGGAAAUAUUUCAAGUAGUUCAGAAUAUGCCAAAGAAGUUAAUUGACUGUCAUAAAUUAAUCGAUAUGUUGAUCGAAGACGAGAAUUUUUCCGUGAACGACGGAAAAAACGGGUAG